AUGGAAGACAUCCAUCCUAAUUGCCCUUUAGACUGUAAUGCUGUAGAAUCAAUAGAACAUAUAUUAUUCUUCUGUCCAUUUGCCAAAGAAAAUAACAUUAUAUCUGCAGAACUUGUUUUAACAAAAGCCUGGUUCAUAUGGAAAGAGAGAUGUAACUUAGUGUUUGAAAAUAAACAUCAGACAAGUGCCCAAUUAAGUACAGAAAUUAAAAGACACUUAGAAUUUUGGUAUAAAGAUCAUCCUUUACUGACACAAGUUCUGAAAAAUGGAGACAAAAAUACUAACUGGAUCCCUCCCGAGGAAUCACAGUUGAAAAUAAACAUAGAUGCAGCAUGGAUCUCAGCUAACUUGCCGGCAGGUUUCUCUUUGAUUCUUAGAAAUGAUGCAAGAUUACUUGAACAAGGAAGAGCUGGAGCUCUCACAGCCUCUACCCCUGAAGAAGCGGAAGCACUAGGACUGUUGCAGGGAACAAAGUGGGCAGUUGAACUUGGCCUGUCCAACUUUACUCUAGAAGGAGAUUGCAACAACCUUUUUGAUUACCUUAAUGGAAAGGAGUCAUUGUUAGAAUGGCAAAACAUUCCUAUCUUAGAUGAAGUUGUCAACAAAUUAAAGCCUUGUAAUAAUUUUUUGGGAUUUCAUUUUGUACCACGAUCAGCUAGUACUGUAGCUGACUUAAUGGCCAAAGAAGCCAAAAACUUCAGUUCUCCACUUAACUGGAGAAAGACAAUACCAUAA